AACUACUCCGCUCUGACUGUUUACAAUUCCCCGACGAAACAUGGCCGACGGCUGUUGACUAACUCCUUGUUGAUGUUUCCUUUAAGAUUAAUUGUGAAGUAUUUUGAUUGAUUUUUUGCAAAGUUAGAAAUAACGGCGACAAGUUCACUCGUCUCUCUUUCUCUCCCAGUUAAAAAAAGACCUCUGCAUUUCAGCCUUUUAUUACAUUGGUUCUGAAGGCUAGCAUUCGUGCUAACUUUUCCCAUAGGUAACAAUGACAGCGACUUCAGCGGGCGGCAGCACCUGUCUCACCACCAAAGGACUGGACAUCAGUCUGGCCGCUCUGCGCAGACAAGACCCCUACAUCAACAACAUUGUAGACGUGGCCAGCCAAGUCGCUUUGUAUACUUUUAACAACAGGACGAAUGAGUGGGAGAAGACAGAGGUGGAGGGGACUCUGUUUGUCUAUACAAGACUGGCAUCUCCGAGGCAUGGCUUCACCAUCAUGAACAGGUUGAGUAUGGAGAACCUGACAGAACCAAUCACAAAGGAGCUGGACUUCCAGCUCCAAGACCCAUUCCUCCUCUACCGCAAUGCACGCUUUGUCAUCCAUGGGAUCUGGUUCUACGAUAAACAAGACUGCCAGCGCAUCGCCCAGCGGAUGAGAACUCUGACCCAGCAGGAGCAGGCCCUGGCCCAGUCCCAGGGGGGGGGCCCUCUGCCCCCAGGAGGAGGCGUCGCAGCAGGGGGGGGAGGACGAGGAGGAGGAGGAGGAGGAGGAGGAGGAGAGGUGGGAGGAGGUGUGGAAGGCCAUCCUGUUGACAUUCUGCAGAUGCUGGCCAAAGCACGCAACGAGUACGACAAGGGAGGACAGUCUAGUUCAGAGCCUAAGGAGAUUGGAGGCAGUAGCAUGCUAUUUGGGAACCCCCACCUCAUCAAACCAAUUCCAGUUAAACCUAUCACUCAGGACGGGGACCCUGGGGAGCCCCGGUCCCUCUCUCUGGCCACCCUGUUCGGCUCCCAGCCCCCCCACCCGUCGCCCUCCGCCCCCACGGGGCCCCUCUCCCCCCGGCCCCCCCCCACUGGCUCCGCCCCCUCGUCCGCCGCCGUCCCCCCCUCGGGGUCCGGCAAGAAACCGGGGGGCCGGCCGGCCGUGGCGCGCUCCCUCUCCUACGACGACCCCGUGGGGGGGGCCCCCAAAGCCGCGCGGGGCCCGGCCGCGGCCGCCCCCAGCGCUCUCCCCCUGAUGAAGGCCCCGAUGAUGGGGGACGGCGGGGCCCCCCACGGGGAGAGCGCCAACGCUGCGGUGAGGGGCCCCGUGGCGUCGGGGCCCCCCGGGUCUCCCUACUCCGCGUACGUGGUCGCCGGGGCCCAGGGCCGCCACACCGGGCCCCUCCAGCCCCAUCUGCCCCCCCAGCCUCAGCAGCCCCCCCAGCAGGGCCAGGGGCAGCUCUGCCCCGCCAUCCAGAAGCUGAUCCAGGGGCCUCGGGGCCAAGGAGGGCCCCCGCCCCCGCCGCCGCCGCCGGGCCCCGCCGCGCUGCACACCGUGUCGGAGUCCCCCGAGAACCGGCUGUGUGACAACGGGCUGACGCUGCUGGAGCAGCAGCAGCAGCACCACCACCACCAGCUCCACCACCAGCACCUCCAGCACCAGCAGCACCUCCAGCACCAGCAGCACCUCCACCAGCACCAUCACCUCCACCAACAGCACCAGCACCACCACCAACAACCGCACCAGCACCAGCCGCAGUAUCAGCAGAGUCCACAGCAAGACCACCUCCAGAGACUCUUCCAAGCCCAGGCCCAAGCCCUGGCCCUGGCCCAGGCCCAGGCCCAGGCCCAGGCCCAGGCCCAGGUCCCUGUCUCUACCGCCCCCUGCUGCUCCAACCCCCCUCCCCCCCUCAUCCCCUCCAUGCAACACCCGAUGCAGCCAAUCACGGCGGAGUCUGCCUCCUAUCCCCACCCCCAGCACAACCAGCAGGUGUACUUCAGCCCGUGCAAACCCCUCCCCGACGCCGCGGCCCCCAGCAGCCUGCAGGCUCCAGGGGUGUCCUCCACCAUGCCAGGCGUGGCCCCCCAUGAGCUGCUCCAGAAGCUCCAGCUGGUGCACCAGGAACAGGGCCAGACCCCCCACGAGGCCCCGCGCCACGGCCCAGGGUUCGCCCCUCGAUUCCAUGGUCCCGCUCCAACUCAAGACCCAGGCUCCGCCCUGGGCCCUGGCGAUAAGGAGGCCAUGCGAUUCCCGGUCGCCUCCCCCCAGCGCAUCCCGGCCACCGUGGCCCCCACGCUGCUCCUCUCGCCCAGCGUCUUCUCCCAGGCCAAGGCGGCGGGGGCCCCCCAGGACGGAGGCCCCGCCCCGGGCCCCCCCGCCCCGGAGGAGGCCCCGGUGCUGUCCAGGAGCCAGCUGCAGGACACCCUGCUGCACCUCAUACGGACGGACAGCUCCUUCAUCGACUGCAUCUACAAGGCGUACAUCGGCGGCCUGGCUAGAGACAGCCAGUUCUGAGGCCCCCCCUCCUUGAGAAGCCCCCCUAUCAACCACUGCCUCUAACCACUGUUACGCCAGCGCCACCUACCUAUGCAACAGCCUCUCUUGGUCCACACGCACACGCACACACGCACACACGCACACACACACACACACACACGCACACACACACACACACACGCACACACACGCGCACACACACACACACACACCUGCACGGCUUCAGUUCAAUUCUCUGUGGGACUUAUCUACCUAUAGGCCAUAUUGGCUCUAAACACUAGCUAGUGUUUAAAGCCAAGAAGCAAUGUGGCGGAUAUCGGUGAAUAAGGCGCAUGGGAUUAGUUAUGGUUCCAGGUUGGCAUGGCUCAUGUAUCAGAGAGUGAACGGAGGGCACACUUCCCACUGUGUUUAGGAGAGGAAACCGUUGUCUUAAUAUCUGAAUGUAGCUGAAUCGUUUUCAAUAUUAAUGGUCUCAUUCCAUCCAUGCCGUCUUUUACCCGCUAUUCCGUCUGGUGGCUAAGAAGCAAUAAAAUAAACAGACUUUUAUACAUUUGAGUACAUGCACGGAUGUGAACUGGAAUGUCACGUCAUUCCAGUUUCAUUUUAUAGAUAGUUUUUAUCCAUUUAAUGUUUUCAAAAGAUAUUCAGAGUUCACUUUUUAUUCGUUCUUCAUUUGGGUGUAUCAAAAAAUAUAAAAAUUCUGCCCCGGGUAUUAGUAAAUAUAAUUGUUUUUUACAAACGUGUAACGGUAAAGUAAAAGUUAGCGGAAAGCUAAAGUAGCAGCGAUUAAUAUUGAGCAACAUUUUGAACAUUUCAGAGACCAAGUAGCCAGGUAAUAUGUUCCAUCGUUAAAAUAAUGUUGUUAUUUGUUUAAAAUGGAAAAGGAAAUUAUUUUUCAUUCGUUAUUAAGUAUUCAAAUUUGUUGAAUAAAAUGUAUAGAAGCCAGAAGAAUUGCACUAGGCUGUUUAUGCACUGCUGGCUCAUCGGAUAGGGCUCGCGGCGUCGGUAGCAUGCUUUUACUGAUCGGACAAUCCAAUCAAUUAUUGGGGCUUUCGUCUAAGAGAGGUAGGGGGAUUUGACUAUUGCAACACAGAUGCUACUUUUGGCAUUAACACCCAGCAGUGUUAGUUGUAGGCAAGUUUCCCCCCUCAUGAUGUGGUUGAACUGGUGGUUUCAGACAUGGGAGAAGGCAGUAUGACUGAAGUUGUUUGGGUGUUUUCCUGCUUCAUCAGAUAAAGAGGUCUCAGCCAUACAUGUUGCCAUUCGGAGGAACAAAUACUUGAAUCCCGCCACAUGGAAAUACCAAUAUUUUUCAUAUGUGUCACUUAUAUCAAUGGUCAUGUCAUAUGUUGGUGAGAUAUCACGUUGAAGAAGAAAACAAAAAAGUGUAAUAAAAAUAACCUUAUUGGGUUGUCGUAGUGAGCAAAGGGAAUCUGAUAGCCAGCCUACAGCGGUUCAACUGAGCAAAAAUAUAUUGAGAGAGAUUUUCCAUUAUUUUUUACUCAUUCUUAAAACUGUAGGUUAUUCUCCUACAGACAUACCGCCAGCAUGUAGUGUUUUAAAACAUUUUAAUGUGUACGUUCUGGUUUAACAAAGGCCACACUAAUUUGCAACGAAAGGUCUUUGAAAAACUUUUCAAAUCGCCCAUUUUGAUAUAUCGAAUGUAGAAAAUACUUUUCAGGUUUUAGAAAUACUCAUUAUUUUCAAAGACAUUGUAAACCCAGGGAAUGCGAGCACACAGAUCUCAUUUAAUACCUUUCUGUCAUAAAACUCCUGUCUGUAAAUAACCACAUACAAAUUGGAUAUAAACGAUUUUCAACUCC